GCGCGCCAUAAUGCGCUCCCGCUUCACCUCUGCUGUUGCUGGCUAGCGGCUUAUCCUCGCCUCAGCUCCGCCAUGUACAAGGUGUCCCUGUUUGUUGUGUUCGGUUUGGCAGUCGUUGCCGUGCGGUGCGAAGCCGAAGCCACGGCCGAGGCCGAAGCUGACCCAGCGAUCCUAGUUUCGCAGCACAGGCGUUCGCACACUCACUAUCCCGGCUACGUGGUGCAAAAGGCCGAGCAUAUCCCUGGUUUUGGGUUCCAGAAGCUGAAGGCUUACCAGCCAGCCGUUGCAGUUAAAUCUUACGACACGAGUCACACGCUCUACCCGGACCCAAUCCUCCCUGCCGUGAAGUACGUGCAUUACGUAUCUCCGUCCCUGCACAGCGUGCCGGAUUACUACGCCAACGCUGACUAUUAUGGCGGAUCUGGUUACUACGGCGGAGCUGGCCUUUACGGCGUGCACAACUACCUGCCUCACGAUAAGGACCUCUUCUACUGAGCAGGAUAUGAUUUAAUAAGAUGGUCACUACUUCAACUAUGCUCUGUUUCUACUUAAGUAAUAUGACCAGUUCCGCAAUGCUCCGACUUACUGGAAACGAAAACAGACUGUCACUAAAAUAAUUUCAAUUAGAAACAAUGAUACAUAUUCUUGAUGAGCAGCAUUUUCUUGAGUUUUCUCAAGUAUUGCUCCCUCACAUUUAACUAUGGACAUUUCACACUGUAACUAUGAAAAAUGAGCAACAUUUCGCGCGGUGAAUGUCUGUUUGCACCCGAUGUUGUGGUAGAUAAGGAGACUAUGUUGAGGCACUGCCUGCUGCCUACGACUUCAGAUUUCCCGGUAGAUAACGUUUUUAUGGAGUGCUCUUUAAAGAGCUCUCCAUAAAAACUACCACCACAACUACUUCUAGAUUUACUGGGCCUGCAGGAGGAGGAUCGACAUGGAUUCUCUGUGAAGUCUCAGCGCCAGUAGCACCUUAUGUUACUAGAGUGAUGCUGCUUUGCAGAAAACGUCGAGAAUUCCGGGGCUGCGACUGGAAAAUGGCAACGCAGACUGUCGUUGGUGCUCACUAUCAGUUUAGAUUGCCAACUAAUUCUUUUCUUUAAUCAAGCAAACUUCACUCUGGUGUCAGUAGCUCGUCAACCAUUGCUUGAAUCACUUAGGAUCCACUUGCACAUAGCUAAAUAAUUUUCUUGCCCUCUAGUACCGCGUGUUAAAAUAAUCAACGUCGUUUCUUUGAACAUGAAUGCCGGCAAUUAA